UAUCGCAAGUGAAAUACAACUGAAACAAGAUGAUUGCCAAGCUGCGCAGGAUUUACCCCAGUGGAAAGGCGGUUGGACAAUGCUGCUCAAAGGACCUGAACAAUACGGAAAAGGACUCCAAUGUCAAGAAAAGGCGAGCUGAAGAUCUCAUCGCGGCAAUGCAGCGCCUUCUGCUCUUCCUGACCAUCUUCCUGCUGUUCCCCAUGGUGAUCUUCACCGCCUUCAAGUUCCUGCUAAUGGAGCCGCUGUAUGGGAUCAGCGAUAACAAUGUGGCGAUUGGAUCUGGCGUGGCCACGGUGAUUUUGAUGCAUGUCCUUGUCACCGGCUACAUCCUGCGCCUGAUCUUCGUCCAGGAGUUCUCCAGCAUGGACACGCUGGAGGUGUGGGCCGAGUGGGAGGUACUGGUGCCUCCGCCCACCCAAAUACAUGGGCCAGUGUUCAUUGUGCUGCUGCUGAUGUCGUACUGCUCCCUGAUCAUUGGCUUUCCCAUUGCCACCUUCUUUGCCCUGAAAUUUGUGGUGCUCAAGAGCUUUGCCCACAUCGAUGCCGACAUUAUUUCGGCCAUUUGCACCGUGGUUGCCCUCCAUGCAGCAGUUGGCUUCUACAUUUACCGAGCCAUCUAUGCAAAGAGUGCCACGGCCAAAAGCGCCAAAAUAUCGCUCUAA